AUGAAAGUUGUACAAACAGUUUGGAAGGUUGGGAGAGAUGGAAUUGAGGCAGGAACCAAUCUUGUGCCGGAUUCUGUGCCAAGAUCAAUCGCAAGGGUUUCUGUGACAGUAGUUGCAUUGGCUCUUUCACUCUUUGUACUCAAGUCUUUACUGUCUACAGUUUUCUUUGUGCUGGCUAUGAUGGGACUUGUAUACUUUACAUUUAUAGCUUUGAAUAAGGAUGAAGGACCGAAGGGGGGUGGAGGCACCACCUCUACACCAAAGGAGGAGCAUGGAGAAGUAUAA